AUAGGCAUCUGCAUGUGAGCGGAGCCUUUUACUCGUGCACACGGCGAGUCUCUUGAAGAUCUGUUCAUGCGGUAGGGUCAGAACAUCAUGGAGGUGCUGGAUGUCCUAAAUCUGGGCGAAAUUGCCCAGUAUUUCUCGAAAAUGGCGAUGUUUCCCGUUUUUGAUGUCGCUUAUUAUAUCGUGUCAAUACUCUACCUCAAAUAUGAACCAGGUGCUGUGGAAGUGUCCCGUAAAAGCCCAGUGGCCUCUUGGCUUUGUGCAAUGCUCUACUGCUUUGGAAGCUACAUACUAGCAGACAUCAUGCUUGGUGUGUCUCCCAUUGACUAUUUCCAUAACAACAGUCACAUCCUCCUGGCCUCAGCUGUGUGGUACCUGAUUUUCUUCUGCCCUCUUAACCUGUUUUACAAAUGUGUGGCAUUUCUGCCUGUGAAACUUGUCCUAGUUGCAUUGAAAGAAGUGGUCCGCACACGUAAAAUCGCUGCUGGAGUUCAUCACGCUCACCAUGCGUAUCACCACGGCUGGCUAAUCAUGGUCAUCACUGGUUAUGUUAAGGGGUCAGGGGUUGCUCUCAUGUCCAAUUUCGAGCAGCUGUUGCGAGGAGUCUGGAAGCCAGAGACCAAUGAAGUUCUCAACAUGUCAUUCCCUACAAAGGCCAGUCUGUAUGGAGCCAUUUUAUUCACCCUUCAGGAGGCUCACUUGCUCCCUGUGUCUAAAAGCAUGCUGAUCUGCCUCUUCACACUAUUCAUGGUCACAACCAAGGUGUUUAUGACGGCCCGUCACUCUCACGGAUCACCCUUCGCCCUCAUCGAGUCCUGGCUGUGCCACCUGCUGUUCGGUUCACCUCUUGGUAUUGAAGAUGCCCAUGAUCACCACCACUCCGCACCUGGCUUUGCGCCCCUCUCGCCUGCCAAAACCAAGGAGGAACUAAGUGAAGGAACCCGCAAGAGGAAACCCAAGAAAGCCGAGUAGAGUUAUAACACAAAAUCAUCAACCCAACCUGUGAUAUGACAGAGCGGCCCGGCUCUGCUUGAGAAAGGAGGGAAUUUGAUAUUAAACCAAUGCAAGUUUCUCUAUCAGUGGUGCUUUUAAUGACAGACAUGCCAUAUAGAGACUGUGUAAAUAGAUUCCCCCCUCUUUACCAACAUCUAUGUCUUUAUUUUUCAUAACGUUUUCCAUCAUUCAAGCCCCAUUCUCCCCAUGCAUCUGAUGAUGUGCAGUGUGUCGUGAACAGGUGAAUGAACGAAAGGCAGUGUGAUGAGAACCUGCCUCUAUCCGUUUGAGUUCAUACUUCAAGGGUCCAUCCAAAUAACUUGAUGAGACUCGUCGUCCACCGCUGGUUGACCCGACUUCCACAGAACACUGCUGCUUUUUAAAUCCAGUUGAAUUGGGGGAAAAAACCCAAUAUAUUUUCAAAAAACUAAUUAAAAUAAAUUAUUUUUCAGCCAAAAUCAGUUUCAAAUUCUUCCAAAUUUUGUGUCUUCAAGUGAUAUGGAGAAAAAAUAGCCUACUAUAAAAGUUCACUUAAUGACUUACAUUAAUGGAUAAAUCCACACUGUGAAUAAAUUGUAAGUUUAUUUGAA